UUAAACUUUCUCAACCGUUCCUUUGAAAAUUUUAGGCUUGGCGCCUCUAUAUAUACUCCACUUCCAGUUCUAACUUCUCAUCAAAAGUCAUCUUAAACAUUGCUUUUUGCAAAGAUGGCUUCUCAGCUCUUCCUUCUUGUGCUUGUUGCUCUUGUUUGCACAACAAAUGGUAGGAAGCUUGUGAGCUCAAAGGGUUCUUUCGAAGAUGAGAAAACUCUCUUUCAUCAACCAGGAUUCGGUGGUGGAGGUGGUGGUGGUUUUGGGGGCGGUGGAGGUGGAGGGUUAGGAGGUGGUUCUGGUUUUGGUGGUGGGGCUGGUUAUGGUGGGGGUACUGGUGGCGGUGGUGGACUUGGUGGAGGCGGGGGUGGAGGGUUUGGUGGUGGUGGUGGAGGAGGAUUAGGUGGAGGGUCUGGUUUUGGAGCUGGUGGUGGAUAUGGAGGUGGGGCGGGAGCUGGUGGUGGACUUGGAGGAGGAGGUGGUGGAGGCUUUGGCGGUGGCGGUGGAGGUGGUCUUGGCGGUGGUGCCGGUGGUGGAUAUGGUGGAGGAGCGGGUGGUGGGAUUGGAGGGGGUGGAUUUCCUUGAGAACUAAAGCUCCAGUCCAUUACAUUAUCACUGGUUUGCCAAAUACUAAUAUUGUUUAUGUAUGCUCAUGGAGGGUUUCUUUUCUUUGUAUCUUUUUAGUGUCAAAGGGACAAAUAAACUCUUUGAAAUAAAAUUAGUAUUAUGGUUUGCAUUGUCUACUUGCUCUCUCUCUAUUCAAAUCUCAAGUCAUCUUCUUAUCAAUGUGUGAUAUGAUCUACUUCUAACUUUAGAAGCACA